AUGCUGGUCUCAGUAUUUCUCGCUCUGUUUCUACCGUGCGCUGGCAUGAGCGCCGUCUUCCUUGUCUAUAUCUGUCUGCUCUGUUACUCCGCAGGCGGCUCCACCGAGAGGCACGAUUUUCCGAUCAAGAGCCGCCCGGAGAAGGGUCUGUCGGAGUCCGAUCUCCAGAAGCUGCCAAAGGUCGCCGGGAAGGAUCUGGUGCUGGCCGCCGAUUGCGCGGUGUGUUUGGACGAGAUCGAGGCGGAGCAGGCGGCGAGGGUUAUUCCCGGGUGCAAUCACGGGUUUCAUCUAGAAUGCGCCGACGCGUGGCUCUCGAGGAACUCCAUUUGCCCCGUCUGCAGGGGUAACGUUGGGCCUGACCUUCUCAGCCCAUCAGAAAACAGCCCAUGCUGA